CAAGCAGCAGCAGCAGAGGAGCGAGAAAGACAGAGGCCAAGCGCACGUCAUAGGGCAGCACGCGAAAUACCGUCUGCGAACGGCGUGUGUGGCCUCUCGUCGGGCUCUCUCUCUCUCUCUCUCUCUGUCGUCUCAUCAGGUGUUUCUCGAGUGGAACUUUGUCACUCGUCUUUGUUCCACCUCCUCGACUCGAUCGACUCCCAAGUGACGUUUCACCAUAAUGCCGUCGGUCAGGAGGAUGAUACUGGGCCACGUGAUGUCGGGUAUGUGUGCCAAAAUCAAUCGCAAGAAGAAAAUCGAUGGCGACAUGAUGGAGACACCCCUGAGCAGAUGUCUCUCGACCUUUGACAUAACUCUCCUGGGCGUCGGUCACAUGAUCGGAGCCGGCAUCUACGUGCUGAUCGGUACGGUGGCCCGCGACACCGCCGGGCCCGGCAUAACGCUGAGCUUCCUGCUGGCCGGUCUGGCUUCCCUCCUGGCGGCCCUCUGCUACGCCGAGUUCGGCGCCAAAGUGCCAAAGGCCGGAAGCGCCUACGUCUACGCGUACGUGUCGGUGGGCGAGUUCUGGGCCUUCGUCAUCGGCUGGAACAUCAUCCUCGAGCACAUGAUCGGCGCCGCGUCGGUCGCCCGGGCCUGGAGCGGCUACGUGGACUCGCUCUCGGAUCGGGCCAUCAGCAACCUGACGCGCCGUCUGAUGGCCGGCCACAGCAUGGACGAGCCCUGGGGCACGAUACCCGAUCCGCUGGCCUGCAUCCUGUGCCUGCUCUACGCUCUGCUGCUGGCCAUCGGCGUCAAGUGCUCGGCCGCCGUCAACUCCAUCCUGACUCUGGUCAAUCUGGCGGUCAUGGCUCUGGUGAUCGGUCUCGGCUUCUACUACGCCGACCUGUCCAACUGGAACUAUCGGGGCCAGGGCUUCCUCCCCUACGGACUCGGGGGUGUGUUCGCGGGCGCCGCCACGUGCUUCUACGCCUUCAUCGGCUUCGACUCGAUAGCGACGUCGGGCGAGGAGGCCCGCAACCCGAGCCGCAGCAUACCCCGGGCCACGGGCCUGUCCAUGGGCAUCGUCACCGUCGGCUACAUCCUCGUGGGGGCGGCCCUCACACUGGUUGAGCCCUACAGUCGCAUCAGUCGGAGCGCAGCCCUGCCCGAGGCCUUCGCCGCCAAGGGCAUACCCUGGGCCAAAUACGUCAUCAGCGUGGGCGCACUGUGCGGCAUGACGACGACCUUGUUCGGCUCGCUGUUCUCCCUGCCCCGCACCAUGUACUCGAUGGCCAGCGACGGUCUGCUGUUCGGCUUUCUGGCGCGGGUCAGCAAGCGCACCCGCGUGCCCACCCUCAAUCUGGCCAUCAGCGGGGUCUGCAGCGGCCUCGUGGCUCUGCUCUUCGAUCUCGAUCAUCUGGUGGAGUUCAUGUCGAUCGGCACCUUCCUGGCCUACACCAUCGUCUCGGCGAGCGUCAUCGUGCUGAGGUACCGACCUCCGGCGCCGCCCUCCGGCGCCAUGGACACGACCGUCACCUCGGAUACGACCACCUGUAGCGCUGCUGCUGGCGGGGGCAACUCGACGCAUCAACUCGCCUCGCCGGUCACCGACAUGAUCAUGGACUCCGAGUGCCAGAGCAUCUUCAGCUCCAUCGAGUCGCAGGUAGAACCAAUUGGACGAUUCGUCGUCGAUCGGCAUCGUCCUUCAUUCGGACGUUCUCGUCCAUUUCCGUUUCAGCUGCUCAUCCAGGGCUACUGCACCGACGGCGUCGGCCGAGUGAAGCCUCGCUACGUCUGGCUGUCGAACCUGCUGGGCAAUUGCGAGCCCGGCAGCGCCGUGACCAUGUGCAUCGUUUGCUACUCCGCCUCGUGCAUCUCCUUCUGCGCUUUGCUCGUCGUACUGUCGCAGAACUCCGUGUCGCCGGCCUGGUACGAUUAUCUGCUGCUGCUCAAUCUCUUCGUCAUCAUCGUCAUCAGUUUGCUGGUCAUAGCGGCUCAUCAGCAGAAUCCCCCUCAUCCGGACGGAACGGACACUUUUCGGGUUCCUAUGGUUCCAUUGGUGCCGGCGCUCAGCAUAGCUUUGAACAUCGCCCUCAUGUUCCACUUGUCCAUGUUGACGUGGUUGCGCUUCCUCGUUUGGAUGGUUAUUGGUUUUCUCAUUUACUUCCUGUACGGGAUACACUACAGCAAAGAAGCCGUCGAUCCAACUUCCUAUGCGGUGCUGAUGGAGACGGCCGAAGCCGAGCGAGGUGCCAAAUGGGGCUCGUGCAGUCUCAGACUCAACCGCAAGAGCGACGCCAUGCAGCCGAUCGAUGGUAACGAUGACUUUUCGCAUUGAGAUCGGGUUAGGGAGCCGGUGGCAGGCGAUCGUGGCCACGCCAAGAUUUCUAGAAGAAAGACCAAUCCCGUUGCUUUGUCCUUUGUAUAGAUUCGCUGAAAUUGUGAUAAAGCUGAGCGCUGACCUGCUACGUCGUUCCAAAUAGAUCCUAUGGCAACUCAAGACGGCAUAUAUAAAAAUGUUACUUUUUCUACUAGAAAGUCUCAAUGAAAAAUAUCAAAACGAACCAAUUAAUCUAAAAGUCAAACGUUUCAUUUUUACCUCAGAAUGAAAAAAUUCUUUUGCUCAAAAUCGUUACACAAAAAGAAGACUGAACAAAAAAAUAAACAAAUGCAACAAAUCAGUGUUACGACGAAUAGAUAUUCAGCUGCACAAUCGAGUGGGUUUGGAUGUUUCGAUCAAAGAUGUUUCGUCUGCAGCGCAAGUACGAUAGUAAAUCACCGGUCUACGAGAAUCAAAAAUCUUUUUUACACAAACAUCGCCGUUAUCGUAUGAAUGAAAAUUUUAUGUUGAUUCUAGACAAUAUUCACACAAAUGUUGUUCAACAGACAAUGUUGACAAUUUGUCGUCAUUCUGUACCUAAAAAGAGUAAAAAAACGAUAUAUAAUAUAUUAUAUUCAUAGGCACAAAAAGUGAUUAUAUAUCUAUGUAUAAAUUAUUGCUAAAAAUUAUUUUAAAGAAUGUAUAGCAGAAAUGUUAACGUUGCCUUCUGGAAAACGAUGAUAAUUCCAAGUGUCUUUGUACAUAGUAAUAAUAUAAUUUUAAAUUGUUAUUAUUCCUAAUUUGUUACAUGUAUGCAAUAUGUGGAAUUAUUUUUAUUGCGUUCUAUUCUGAUUUAGUACUUGAAUGUAACCUUUAAUUAUCUCGGUAAAAUCUUUUGUUUGUCCAUUGUUAUACGUGCGUUAAAGUGCGUGGUCGAAAAAAUGCUGUUUAAUUGUUUAUACUGUACAAGAGAAUCGCAUACAAAAGAAUAAAAAUAUA